AUGGCUGACAAGGGCAGCUUCAGCACGCACCACACCAUAUCCGUUUACACUGCGACACCCAAUCUAUUCCACCAUUCGCAGCAGGCGUUGCAUCAAAUGAAGAAGCUUAAGGAGGGUGCUCUCGGCCGGGACGGCAUUGUCUUCGAGCUUGGAGGAGGACAGGGCGGAGCGGACAUGUGGGCGGACAGGGACUCGGUAGGAAAUGCUGAUAUAUUGGAAUACCGCUGCGCUACCAUCCCUUUGAGCAAGAUUGCACCACCUCAGUGGAUCUUCUUUCACUUCUGUUCCCUGGGAGACGACGAAACGAUAGGAACCACGAUGUUGCUGCUCUCGCUCUUCUUCUCGUUCUUCCUCCUGCCGUCGGUCGUCCUCGCGGCUUUCGGCUGGACGGACAACGGCAGCGAGUAUGUCAUCGACUCCGGCUCCGACCUCGUCAUCAAGGUCACCAAGUGCUGCGGUGACAUUUCCUCGCUCAACUACAAGGGCGUCGAGUACAACGGCUGGGGCGGCAAGAACUCACACGUCGAGUCCGGUCUGGGCACCAGCACGGUCAGCAUCGCGAGCUAUUCGAACGUCAUCAAGGUCUCUGUCGUCCACGGCACUCUCAAGCACUGGAUCUUUGUGCGGUAUGGCAACAACAACGUAUACCUUUUCACCAACAAGGCGGAUGACUCCGUCUCGGCCAUGCGGUACAUUGUCCGAAUCAAGGGUGGGAUCUUCAGCCACGAUUCGACCGAGAGCGACUUCUACGAUGGCGGCAGCAGCAUCAUUGAGGCACAGGAUAUCAACGUCAACGGCGCUGGUCUGACCAAGAGCAAGCACUACCAGGGCUCUAACUACGGACGAACCAUCGACUACGAUUAUGUCGGCCGCAAGAAGAGUGGCGUCGGUCUGUACAUGAUCCGAAGCAACCACGAAAAGGCUUCCGGUGGUCCCUUCUUCCGCUCCCUUCUGCGUCGCGCCGAUCCCACCGGGGAGGACUUGUACGACAUCUACUACUACAACAUGGGCCACACCGACCCUAUGCGCACCGGUCUCCAGGGUCCUUCCGUGCUGUCCUUCACUAAUGGCGAGGACCCCAAUUCCAACCUCUUCGCCCGCAAGGCCGACUGGUCGUGGUUCGAUGACAAGGGCAUCGACGGCUGGGUCCCCGCCUCCGGUCGCGGAUACGCUAGCGGUGUUGGUCUGAGCAAUAUGAAGAGCGGCAAGACUUACGUCGUCGGCCUCAGCAACUCCAACGCUCAGUACUGGGGCACUGCUGGUGCUGGCGGCGCCUGGUCCAUCACCAAGGUCAUCCCCGGCACCUACACCCUGACCGUGUACAAGGACGAGCUCGAGGUCGCCACAUCCAGCGUCACGAUCGCCGCCGGCAAGGGCACUGCCGUGAACACGAUUACCUGCGUCGACCCGCAAGAUGAUGCUACCAUCUGGCGCAUUGGCGAGUGGGACGGAACUCCCAAGGGCUUUCUUAACUUCGAGGACACCCCUCUGAAGCCCACCUACAUGCAUCCCUCAGACACCCGAAUUUCUACCUGGAACGCCGGCAACUUCAUCAUCGGCACUCACAGCAACAACCGCUUCCCGGGUUACAUGUGGAAAGAGGUCAACAGCGGCUAUCUCAUCUACUUCAAGCUUACCGCCGAGCAACUCAAGACUGGCCACACUGUCCGCAUCGGUCUUACCGAAGCUUACAUUGGUGGUCGCCCGUCCAUCAACGUCAACGCGUGGGCCUCUGCGCUACCGGCUGCGACCACUCAGGCCAGCACGCGCUCACUCACUGUCGGCACAUACAGGGGAAACAACGUGAAGCUCACCUACGCCGUUCCCCAAACCGCUUGGAUCCAGAGCACUAGCGAGUGGCAGAUCCUUACUCUCAAUAUUAUUUCUGGCAGUUCUGGAGCCAAGUUCCUCAGUCCUGGCGUCUCGUUUGACGUUGUCGAACUCCUUGCCUAA